AUGGGAGUGGAAGAAAACACGAGUGAAAAAGAACCAGUUAUUUCUAUAGAAGAAGGAAGGGAAGCAUUUGAAACUGCAAAUAAAUUCUUGGAACAACAAGAAUUUGCUACAGGAAAAGAUGUUAGUUUUGAAACUUCAAAAUCACGUGAAAUGAUCAACUGUUUGAGCUAUAUCCCGAAGGGGGAUAUAAAAGAGGUUUAUUGUCAUAAUAUUCCUAGUGGUAUUAUUAUUCCCGGAAUAAAUCAAAAUUAUGAAAAAGAACAAAUUGAAAACCACGAGGCGUAA